AUGCCGGUAUCAGUAGUAGAACUUACUAGUCUUUCGUCGACUUCACCAUAUUCAUCAUUUUCAUCAUUUAUCCUCAUUGUUGAUACACCAAGAGAGGAAUCAAACAUUUAUGGCAUUUUUCCUUGGUUUGGCUUAUAUUACCCAACUUGUCUAUAA